AUGAGCAUACUUAAUUUGAUAAAGAAUGUGUUGAAUAUGCUAAUAAACAUAUAUAUCUUUGUAUAGUAUUUUAAGUAGCUAAAAUACAAUAAUAAAGUGGGGCUUAUUUAUUAGAAUGAUAUUUAUGAAUGUUUGUAUGUAUAUAUGAAUGAAAGCAAUAUUUUUAUUUAGUGUUAAGAAUAUGUCUCAGUAUUUUUUAAUGCAAUUAGAAAGGAGAAAGAAAAGGAAAAAGAUUAGUUUGAUAGAUAGAUAGAUAAAUAAAGAAAAAAAUAAAGAUUAUUAAAAAAAGCUAAUUAGAUUUUAAAGAGGAUAAGUAAGAUGAAUACAAAAUCAUUCGAAGUUUUGAUCCAUUCUUAAUAUGCAUUUGAUGUUUGCAGAGAGCAAGUUUACAAUUUCGAGGAUUGUAGAUAAACUGAUACUCCUCUUCCCAAGGAUCCCAUUCAUUGUAAAGCUUAAGCCAAAGAAGUCCUUUCAUGUUACAAAGAAGCUGAAAAGAUGGAUCCUAUUUGUUUGAGUUCUUUCAACGAUUCUCGUGAAUGCAUGUUCAAGUCUGAUGGCAAUUUGUAUAACUGUAAAACAUGGAUUAAUUAAUACGUUACCUGCUAAAAGAACCCUGCUGCUUUCGCUGAGUUCCUCGAAGCAUCUACUGCCGAAUAACUCAAAUCUAAGAAGUUCGAUUUCGUUAAAAACAGAGGUCAUAGUGAUAAAUAUUUGUGA